CCAAACCUCAUAAACCCUACCUCCUUAUAAAUAUACACGCUUGAAAGUUGAAACACAUUGUCAUCACCAUUCGAAUAUGAAAAACUUGAUAUCAGUUUCCAAUCCCGUAAAAGAGUCCGAAUAUGGCAAAAUACUGUUCUCCGAUGUGUUAGUUACAAACAAGAGAAACCUCUUCAUGGGUCGUAAAUGGAGGACUCACGAUAUCAGAAUGGUUCUGUGGUUCUUGUUCAUUCAUUUGCUUGCACUUUUGGCCCCCUUUACGUUUACUUGGGGCGCAUUCUGGGCUGCAACUUUCACUUACACGUUGUUUGGAUCAUGCGGUCUAAGUGUGUCGUAUCAUCGUAACCUAGCACACCGUAGUUUCAAGCUGCCCAAGUGGCUUGAGUACACCUUUGCUUAUAUUGGACUCCUAUCUAUACAGAGGGACCCUAUAUUUUGGGUGAGCAUGCAUAGAUACCACCAUCAAUAUGUUGAUUCAGAGAAAGAUCCACACUCUCCAAUCUUUGGGUUUUGGUUUAGUCAUAUGAGUUGGCUCUUUGACAAUGGUUACAUUUUUGAAAAGUAUCAAGAACGAAAUAAUGUUGAGGAUUUAAAGAACCAAGCAUUCUAUAGAUUCCUUAAAAGAACAUACGCAUUGCAUACAAUUGCAUUUACAGCUCUCCUAUAUGUUGUUGGUGGAUUCUCCUAUAUUGUUUGGGUUUUGGGAGUGGCAGGCACUUUAGGAUAUCACGGGACUUUUCUAGUUAACUCGGUUUGUCAUAUAUGGGGAUCCCAUGUUUGGAACACCGGUGAUCUCUCCAAAAAUAAUUGGUGGGUAGCACUACUUAGUUUUGGAGAAGGGUGGCAUAAUAAUCAUCAUGCAUUUGAAUAUUCAGCUCGACAUGGGUUAGAAUGGUGGCAAAUUGAUGUUGGUUGGUAUAUAAUAAGGUUUCUUGAAGUAGUUGGGUUAGCGACCAAUGUCAAGUUACCUAGCAAGGAUCACAAACUUAAGAUGUCGUUUGCUUCUCUUAACAAGUUUGAGUGAUAAACGCCUUCCAUGCCAUGCAUCUUCAAACCAGAAAAAUAAAUCGCAUCUAUGGAAAUUAAUGUGUGAGAUACUUAUAUUUGUUUACUAUGUAUAUCGGGAUUGAAUAAUGACGAUUACUGUAUUUUUUGUUUAUUGUGGUAAAAGCAUGAACUUUUAAGUAUUGCUUAUAAAUGUAUGAAGUGAUA